ACCUAUCUGCAUUUAUUCUCAUGUAAGCCAGCGGAAUCUCUACGAGCCUUUACCUGAGGCUACAGUCGAACAUGUUCCAACUUUUUAUGAUCAAUAUGUUUUCCCACAACCUCCAGAUGUUAUAUCAGAAGAAGAACAUACAGGUUUUACUUGUUGGUGGAAAAGAUUUCACAAUUGUUGGUCGUCCGAUAUUGAAACGUAGUUUGGCGAAAGUAGAAGCGGUUGUGGUGGAAAAAACUCCAGGAGCUCAAAAAAUAAUUCAACGUUAUAUUAAAAAGAAAAAUUUUCAAAGAAAAUACGUUUAUACACCUGUGCAUACUGUGCUGAGAAUAACUCGUGUAGAAGCAUAUCCGGGCAUUGAAUGAGUGGACCUUGACUUCUCAUAUCUAUUCAUUCUUCAGCAUCAAAUCGUUGAACUUCACUCUUUAAAAUGUGGCCAUAAUUUUACUUGCUGUGAACAACCAACUGUAAAAUUUUUGGACAUUUUUGCCUUUCUAAGUUAGUUAAACAAGAAAGAGGAAAAGGAUUUUUGUGCUAAACCAAUCAAACACCACCUUCUGGACUUUGUUUUAUCACUUUAAUAUCAAGCUGCUCCUUCAUAUUGAUAAUCUGUUUCAUGCCUUUUUAUAGCAGAUAAUUAUUUCUGACUUGAAUUUUGUUUGUAGAGCUGUUAUAUCAUGUAGGUAGUUUAUAGGUACCACACUGUUAUUAAUUAUGUCAGUCCUUGCAAGUUUGGUACGAUGUCUUGUGGCUUGUUUUGCUUGUUUGGUGAUCUUCUGCUCUGUACCUGUUUAUGUGGUAUUACUGGUCAGUUGGAUGGUAAUUUCAAUCCCACUACCUGAAACAUGGUUUCAUAUCAUGGAGGAUGGUUUAUGGGGGUGGUAUCAAAGUGUGGUGGUGUUCUUUUUCGAACACUGUACUGGAGUGGAGUUAUACAUAGAAGGUAACAUACCAAAGAUUAAGGAAAACUGCAUCGUUAUCAGCAAUCAUCAAUGUUUGGUGGAUUGGAUUGUGGCCGACUUUGUUGCGAUUCGUCAAGGAAUGGUAGGCCACAUGCGUUAUGUCUUCAAGAACAGCCUUAAAUAUUAUCCAUUGUAUGGGUUUGGAUUUGGAGUACAUGGAGGGGUGUUUGUAAGAAGAGAUGGGAAAUACAAUGAUGACAACAUGAAAAAAACACUGAAUAAACUCAUUAGAAGAAAAACAAAUCUAUAUUUCCUGGUUUACCCAGAAGGCACAAGAUUUUCUCCAGCACGAAAAGACCUACUUGAAAAAAGUCAGUCAUUUGCCACAAAAGCUGGUCUUCAACCGCUGUCACAGGUUCUCACACCAAGAGUUAAAGCAUUUGAAUGUACCUUGAACACAUUACGUCAUCACGUUCAUGCUGUUUACGAUAUCACAGUCAUAUAUGAAGGAAUGCAGAAACACACCAAAGGAGAUAAACGACUUGUAGCACCUACUACAUGGCAGUUCAUCACUGGUAAAUGUCGACGGGUUUAUAUUCGCUUUGAGAGGUUUCCCAUUGAUGAUGUUGUCAACUCAAUCACGUCACUUAAGAGUGACAACCCUGACACUUCUGGAUGUAUGUUAUGGUUGCAUGAAAGAUUUUCUAGCAAAGAUAAACUUCUAAAAGACUUUUAUGAAAAUGAUGAGACUUCAAGUCAAGCUAUGCAAAAGAAAGCUUCACCUUUAAGCAAUGGUUCAAGAUGUGUUCUGCCAUUAUCACAGACACUACCCUCUGCACUUAGUAUUAUGAUACUUACUUCUAUGAUGUUAUAUUUUCCUUUGACGAGAAGCUUAAUGAUAUGUAUUAGUACAUUUGGUACAGCUCUAUGCGGUUUUUAUGCGCAUGUUUUCUUUUAAACAACUUUAAUAUAGUUUUAGUACAAUCACAUGUAUAUGCACUAGUAACAUGUCAGAGAUUUGAUACAGCCGUUACUACGCUUUAUUUUUAGCUGCUGCCCAAGGCUUCACUUGUGAUUAUAUCACUGUAAAUAUUUCUCUAGUACAACUUUGCUAUACCUGUCUGUACUCAGAUUUAUUUAUUUUAUAGCAACAUAUUGUUUCUUAAGCUUUUCUGUAAGAAGCAACACAGAUAUUUUGUAUUUUUUCAGCGAUGGUAUUUAUGAAUCUGCUAGUUUAAAUGCUUUGUAUUGCAUUUUAUUGAUUUAUGCACAUUAAAAAAAUGUUUUAAGUUUUUGACUACUGCACCUUUUGAACAGGUGGUAUUCACUAUGUUAUAAAAACUCUAUA